CAAUGGGCGUUUUGUGUUGGAUAAGUUCUUAAAUUAAUGAUAAAAACGUGACGAAGCUGGCGAUUUCCUUGGCAAUGUUACCACAAUGAUAAUUUUCACCUUAACGUAUAAAUAGUGGCGAACGGUGGUCGGAAGAGGACCACGGAGCUGUAUUGUUGAGCCAGUUUCAGGCUUUUUACUGUCCCUGAACGCACCGCGAAGUGAGAUAGGUCGGUGCGGUAGAGAUAAUACUUUCGUUUUCUUGAGAGCAGUCAACUGCUUAAGACAAUGGGCGUUUUGUGUUGGAUAAGUUCUUAAAUAAAUGAUAAAAACGUGACGAAGCUGGCGAUUUCCUUGGCAAUGUUACCACAAUGAUAAUUUUCACCUUAACUUAUAAAUAGUGGCGAACGGUGGUCGGAAGAGGACCACGGAGCUGUAUUGUUGAGCCAGUUCAGGGACACGCACCCCAAGCUCAUAUUUUUCUAUAACUUGCAUCUUCAUUUCAAAGUUUAACAUGGUCCAAGGACAAGAGAUGGCACUUAUGAUGACCAUUCUAUGCGCGCUUUUUGCACCAUUACACUCUGUGGAGAAUCCUUCCUGUACCGUCACACAGCAUCAUGACAAGACCGUGUGCGAAAUUGUCGGGGACACCAAUCCACAGAGUGCUUCAUACAGUUGGUGUGACAGCAAGAACAAUGUCUUAGCGGAUCACAAACAGAGCAACGAGUUGGUCCUGCAGUCCAACGGGACUCAUCUUGUCAUGAGAAGUUGUGUGGAAGGGAUCUAUCGUUGGAUAGAUUGCUAUAAACAGGAAAAGGAAUGCAUUGUCCAUUGUAACAUUAACUGCACUGAAAGUCCUGUAGAUCCUGUGACUGAAGUUCAUCCGUCCGGAGGAGAAAUUGCUGGGAUUGUCAUCGGAGUCCUGUUGGGUUUGGGGGUUCUUGCUGGUCUGCUGGUCCUUGUUCACCACUUCUGCAACUCCCGUUCUAAAAAGUGCACCAGAAACGGACGUGCCUCAAGUGUCCGUGAGGAAAAGUUAAAUUUGAAAGACUUAAAUGUGAUUGAAUCAGGCCGGGACAUAGAACAACAGAAAGCGUGUGGGUAAAAGGAGGGAAGGUCAGGCUCUGAACUGGGUCAGGUCUGUACAGUACGAGUGUUUUGCUCACGUAUAAACAAAAAUAUAAUUUGGUGCGAGAAGUCCAAGCACGGAUUUUACCAAUUUUGUAUUUUAAUCCUAUAAAAUAUAGCAGUCUUAAAUAGUUGAAUAUAAGGGGGGGUCAGCAACCUUUUUGGUGUGGAGUGCCACUUUCAAAUUUUCUUGUCAAUCAGUGUGCCACACCAAGAUUAAUGACGCACAUCCGAACUUUUAUAUCCAACAGAGCUGUAAUCUUACUCCAGACAAAACAUGGACAUACAUUGAAAUCAAAUAACUACCAUUCUUAUUACUUGAGUGUAACAGUAAUAACAGCUUUACAGCAGCAUCUUUUGUAAACAUAUUACACCCCCCCCCCACACACACACACACACAACACACACCAGCAGGAAAAGAAACAAGUGUGAUUCUCAUGGCAGGUCUCCUACACAGUACAGAGAGGGCUGUUUUAACUAGGGCUGUCCCAAACGACUAAUUUUCUCCCGAUUAGUCAGCCGACUAUUUUUACGAUGAGUCGACUAAUCUAAUAAUUAAUUUUUUUAUUUUUAAUUUAGCAAUGAAAUUUUUGUUGACGCUUAUCAAUUCACAAAAAAACAUAUUGGAACACUUAAAUUAUUUAUUAAAAUACAAAUAAACACGUAAAUAACAAUAAUAAAUCACAAAUAAACAAUGAUUUCAAAUGCUGAUAGAAUUAACUAGUGUAGCAUCCCGAUUGAAAAGAUGGUCUCUUAAACUGAUGGCUUACAACUUUUAUUCCAUCCUUGAUGUAAUCACACUGUAAGAGCUACGGUGCACACAAAUAAAACAACACAAUUAGAAAUGAACAAAAACUUUUCACCUUUUUCCUUUUAAACCUUAUUUAUAUAUCAAUGAAUUGCCUAUAUGACUUGCCUUUAGCUUAAUUUAUUACCUUAUCAUUGACGAUCUCUCCCUUGAGUGCAAUCACUGUAUAUACUGUAUAUAUUUAUGACCUUUUAACCUUAUAUAAUUUUCUAUACCAUAAAAUAAACCAUAACAUGAAAUAAACCUUUCAGUUAGCAUUAAGAACAAUACUAAUAGCACUUAUAGGCCCAUUGUCAAUGAAACAUCAUUAUUUAGUAAGGCGACAGUACCCUCUGGUGUACAAAAAAUGAAAAAACAAGUUUACAACGGGGUGACGGCGCUUGAGGUGUUUAUUCACGGCCGACGUGCAGUCAAGCUUGGCAUUGAAGAGACAGGACAGAAGAGUGUACCCUCCUUUGUUUCUUUGAAAUAAGUCAAUGUUCUGGACACUUUGGUGUGCUUUUUUUUGGCUUUUUGCCGCUUUCCCCGCUUGCAUACAGAGCAUCCGACAUUCUGAACUUUCCACGCAUAUAUUUUUUUAACCCUACAUUAACGUCGACGGGUUGUUGUGCUCGUCGACGGAUUUACGUCAUCGAUGACGUCGACUAGUCGGGACAGCUCUAGUUUUAACCUUCAAAGUCAGAACAGGCAACUCUUACAUUUUUUCCUAUUCACAAGCAACUUAAAAUAGUGAAUUCUAUGCACGAUUUUAGAUUUUAUAUUACAAAUAUGAAAUAUGCCUACCUUAAUGUGAUUCCUGGCCCUGUUUUCCAUGAAUGUUCAUGUGUUGUCUCGUAGUGGCGGUUGACACUAGUUGUGACACACACAAUGCACAGACAGAGCUAGCGGAAGUAACCAGCCAACCCGUUGUUACCGGCAUCCCCAAGGCGCCGCUGUCCCCCACAAUAUGACCGGGUUACUAGUUAAGCGUAGAAAAAGUGGGCAUCGGUGUUGAGAGAGUUGCGCGGAGAGAGCCGUGAAAGUGGCUGUGUCCCCGGCUGGUUUUUGUUUUGUUAAUAAAAGUCUCCAGCAAAAAGCCA